GUGCUUAACAAAAAUAAAGUAUACCAAUCAUGACUAAACUUUGGUACUAAAACAUUAUAUAACAUACAUAACAUAUUCAAGAUGAUCUUCCAAAUUUACACCACAUUGCAUUGCAAAAUAUUUUAAACCACUAUUGAAUAUAUUUUCGAUAAUUUAUGUAAGUGUCUUUUUUACUCGAUUACAUUAUAGAAAACAUUACUUAUCAUGGAUAGACGAGCUUCUAAAGGAUCAUGUGUUGCUGUAACACUUAAGCUGACAAACUCCAUUAUGACUAUUACUGCAAUCGCGACUUUUAUCUAUUCUGCAUGGAUUGUUGCUGUUAGCCUUCGAGAUAAUCAAACUGUUACACUUUCAUGGUUUCUAUGGGCAUGUAUCGGUACAGGAGGCAUAUUUGGUUUCGUAGCAUUUAUAGGCAAUGCUGGAGCAACUACGAGACUCCAUUGCUUACUAUCUUCAUAUAUUUUCUUUUUGUUCUUGCUGAUUUGCUUGGAAGGUUUACUUACAGCUGAUAUAUGUCUAAACAAAGACUGGUAUAAGGAUUUCCCUCCAGAUCCUACCGGAAGGUUUGAUGCAUUCGUGAGAUUUGUUGAUUCUAAGAAGGAAAAUUUCAGAAAACUAGGCUAUUUUAUAGCUUCAUCUCAGGUAAUUUCAUUCUUGCUAGCCUUGGUGUUGAGAUCAUCUCGACCCCCUAAACCGCGCCUAGACUUUGAAGACGAAGAAGUUAUAAUAACCAAACUUCCUUUGUUAAACCCUGAAAAUCAUUACUCUGGACUUCCUCCAUAUGCUGUAGGUCAACCUUAUCCACACUACUAUUAUGCGGCUGCAUCCUACGCUCGAACACUUGGUUAUCCCGAUAGAGAUGAGACCAAUAAAGGCAAAAACAUGGCUGUCACGACGAAAACGAUGCCUAGGGACUAUUAGAAGAAGUACUACUACAUGUAUGAAAUGCACAUUGUAAUAUUUUCUAUCAGGAUAUUUUUCAUUUAGUAUUCCAAUAUGAGAUUUUAGCUUCAUAUGUAUUAUAGGCUAUUAUAAUAUACUCUUUUCGAGUUUUCGUCUCAUUCAGUUUGUAAGAUAAAUGUAGCUAAUUUAAUGAGACAUAAGGAGUAUAUGACGCCUUGGAUAUAUUGUGACAUAAAGAUAUAUGCUCUCUCCUCUCUUGAUGUUUGAGGAAA